UCAGCUCAUACUUCCUUUCUUAAGUUACUUUCACUUCGAACUACAGACUCUUUUCCCCCUCCACAUCUACUUGAAAAUGGCUUCAGCAAGCACUAGCGAUGAUGUUUGUGAAUGGCAGCUGACAAAGAACACAGUCGGAGAGCGAAUCAAGCACAUGUACAGAAACCCGUUGAUGGCCGAUGUCCAUUUUACUGUCACAGAUGGGCAAGGAAGUUCGUCCCUUAAAGUCAACAUUCCUUGUCACAAGUUUAUCCUGGCUAUCAGUAGCCCUGUUUUCUAUAAGAUGUUCUACGGUGAACUGAAAGAAGCUUCUGAUUAUAUUGAUCUCCCUGACUGCGAUUCAGAGGGAUUUCUUGAGUUCUUACGUUUCAUCUAUUGCGACGAGGUCGAAUUAACCGGAAGUUGUGUUAUUCAAGUGCUCUACUUGGCCAAAAAGUACAUGAUUCCGUCACUAGCUAACCGGUGCAGAAGCUUCUUAGAGGCAAACGUCAACGCUGAAAAUGUGUUGGAUUUGUUGCCGACUGUAGAAAAAAUGGAGGAGAUCCAUUUAAAUGAUGUGUGCUGGAACGUUAUUGAUACACGUACUGCGAAAGUCUUUGAAUCGGCCCCAGAUGCAAUUCUGGAAGACAAAAAUCUUCUGGCUUCCAUAUUGCAGAGAGAUACUCUUGAUGUCGAGGAGGUAGAAGUUUUUCAAGCUGUGAAUCGCUGGGCGGAGGCAAUCUGUGCAAAACGAGGUAAAACACCUAGUGGCCAGGAAAAAAGCGCAAUUAUUGGAGAAGAGGUUAUGAAAUUAAUACGAUUCCCUUCUAUGCCACUGAGUCUUUUUGGUGAACAUGUCGUUGACACCAAAAUACUCACAGACACCGAGAUCAUUGAAAUUUUUAUGUACUUUAGCGUAACUCGGAUUGCCAAAGGGUUUUCUUGCUUUCCAAGGUGUUUAAACAGUUCAAAUCUACUUCGUUGCAAUAGGCUCGAGCAUAAUUCCCGCUUUUGGUCUCGUUCGCUUCCUUGUUCUGACGAUUCUCGUCAGAACAUUUCUCGGUUUCCUGAGUCCACUUCCUUCUCCGUUAAUGUUCCAAUUUUACUUGGAGGAAUUACCAUCUCUGGCAGUAGAAGAGAGGAGUAUACAGUGAAACUAAAACUCAACGGUAAAGUUGUCUCGGAGGGUUGUUUCUUGAGCGAAGGUAGACGGGCGCAUGAUGGCAAUUUUUAUACAGGCUUUGACAUUAUUUUUAAGUAAUACCACUUAAUGAACCCCGAUAUACCCUGCAUUCUUAAAGCUUUAAUCAAAGGACAACGAUUUAGUAACGGAAGUCAGAAUAAGAAAGAACUGGUUGUUGGGAAAGUUCGUUUUCGAUUUGUUAGCCCACCUUUCCAAACUGAAGGUAUAUGCAUUAAAGAAAUUCUUUUUAGACCUUUAAAGAACGAAUAACCCAUGGAAGUUUAGGCAAGCGAGCGUACUUCAUCAAGAGAGACUUAGUCCGCAGCAACUUUAUCCCUGCAUGAGAUUCUAGACGCGAAAGAGUCACUUCUAUACCUGCCCAAUUAUAAGCAAAUAAGUCCCUGCUUCAGAAUUUUUUCCUUGCAUCGCGCAGAAAGCCUGGACAUCAUUAAUUAUUCAUGAGAACUGAAGCGGAAGGGCUGAAACUAGCGAAGCAGCGUCGAUAAAAUUCUCUUCCCAAUUGCCAGAAGCAAAUAAGAAACCAAAGAGCGAUUUUUUGAAAAGGAAGAGUUUAUCUUUAUUUUAAGCUUAAAUAGAAGUAGUUUGAGAAAGUUUAAGUUAGGACUAUUCCUGAGCCUUUAAAAAUGACGAAAAAACAAACAUUUUUAAUAUGAAGGCCCAUUUCAAAGGCGCACCUAAGUGGUGAAUAGUCUGUCUUAACAAGAUUACCUCUGCAUGUGUCACCUAAACUUCUCUAAAGUUCCAUCCAUCACUUUUACCAUUCAGUGUGCCUGUUCAAGACUGACUUAAGUAGUUGUCAGAGUGGAUUAUGCAUAGGUGUGUUUUAACUCUGAUUGCUAGAUUUUAUUUUUGCCUGUUUAAAGAAGUAAUGAAAUAAAGAGAAACAAAUCAUUUGUUUGA